AUGGGAAAACCUAGCCGGCCCCGACACGAGUCGUUACUCGCCGUGACACCGUUCGCUCGCUGCUCGCCUGUUUGCCCCGUGCUCGCCGGCGCCGCCGCAACCCUCCUCUCCUACGCCGGACUCUGGUCUCCUACUUUCGUGGACUCCUUCCCGGCCCGCAGGAUGGAGGCGACGGCGUUUAUGGAGCUUGCGCUCGAGCAGGCGAAGUUCGCGCUGGACAACCUUGAGGUCCCUGUAGGAUGUGUGAUUGUGGAGGAUGGAAAGGCUAUUUCGUCUGGUAGCAACAAGACGAAUGCCACCCGGAAUGCUACCAGGCAUGCUGAGAUGGAAGCAAUCGAUGUCCUGCUUCGGGAGUGGCAAGGCAUGGGUCUUGAUCAGCCACAGGUUGCAGAAAAAUUUGCGAUAUGCGACCUUUAUGUCACAUGUGAGCCCUGUAUAAUGUGUGCAACAGCGUUGUCGAUACUUGGAAUAAGAGAAGUGUACUAUGGUUGUGCCAAUGAUAAAUUUGGAGGAUGUGGAUCGAUCAUGUCGUUGCACAAGGGUUCUUCAUCAGAUGAUUUGUCAGGGAACCAAACCCCUAAACCUAAAGGAUUCAAAUGCACUGGAGGGAUCAUGGCAGAAGAGGCAGUAGCUCUUUUUAGGUGUUUCUAUGAGCAAGGAAAUCCAAACGCUCCAAAGCCCCACAGACCAGUCCGAAUAGCUCAACAGUGACCGGUUUGUUUAUUUAGUUGAACCACAAGCGUGGUGAGGAAGAUAUCAAGAAUGAAGGUAUAGAAACUGGACUGAAUUCUUAGUUUAAGAUACCCGUCGAGUUUGGCAAUUCAACAAGUUCUUUCGUGGCAAAAGAGCUUGUUGGUCUCCCUGAAAUUCAGCCUCGUUCAAUUGCAGCAACGUUUCUCAUCGUUUGUAAUCCUAAAAGCAACAUUUGGUUACGAUCAUGUACAAGAUACAUUGGAACUCUGUCUAUAUAUGAAAUGUUUUUCUCUGUACGAAAUGGUUUUGAGAGGUACUUUUAUACUGCACACUUUGAGGA